AUGGCCGUGCAGGUGCCCCUCUGGCACCACUACCUGCAGGCGCUGCGCUCGCGGGCAGCGUCCCGAGCACAGGAGCACCAGCGCGCCGAGGACGUGGUGCUCACCCUGCUGGGGCGGGUGCACACCCUGGACCCCCGCUUCCUCGUGGACUACUCCCGGGACCUGGAGGCCUUCCAGUUCGCCCUGCGCUCCUCGGAGGGCCCGCUGGACGUGGAGGUGCCCCUGUGGGUGGACGCCGAGGCCUUGGUGAUUGAGGAGGUGGGGGCCGCCGAGGCGGGGGGCGGCCUGGGGUGCUGCCGCCUGGGCCUCCCCCGGGAAGCGGCCGGCCUGGAGCGCUGGAAGGCAGACGACGUCUUCGAGGCCUCCCUGGAGGGCAGCGCCAGGUGCUGCGGCCACAUCGUGCCCGGCAAGGUCCUGCGGGUCCUCAAGGACCUGCUGGUGGCGGCCGUCGUGUACUGCAAGCACCACCGCCUCAUCACACCAGGCUCCCUGAGUGUGGACAGCCUGAAGGAGGAGCAGCUCGGCCUGUCCCUGCGGGUGUCCAGCGGCUGGAGGACACUCUGCUUCAACGUGGUGCCCGUGGUGCGGAAGAGGCUCAGGGUGCCCGCCCUGGAGGGGGCUGGGCUGGUGCCGGGUUUCCCUGAGGGUGCCCUGCGAGGGAUCGUCUGCCAGAAGGCCACCCUGGUGCCGGCCAGCGCGGAGCUCUGGAGGGUCUCCACUGACUACCUGCUCACCAGGCUGCUGGGGGCGCUGGGCUCCCUCCGGGGCCACCGCCUAGACAGCCUCUCCAUCCUUGACCGGGUCAACCAUGAGAGCUGGCGGGACGGCGGCCGGAGCCCCGGGCUGACCUUCGGCCACUUGAAGACGGUGCUGCUGUGGUCCGCCACGCUCUUCCCCAUGCCCGAGGACUGGGAGGAGCUCCAGGGCGCCGUGUACCGCCUGCUGGUGGUGCUUCUCUGCUGCCUGGCCACCAGGAACCUGCCGCACUUCCUGCACCCUGAGCAGAACCUGCUGCAGGACGCGGGCCUGGACCUGGGCGCCCUCUACCAGCGCGUCGAGCGCUUCGCCAGCCAGCCUGAGGCCGCCCUGCGCAUCCACGCCACCCACCUGGGCCGCAGCCCCCCGCCGCGUGCGGGCAGCGGGCUCCGGGCGCUCCUGCAGCUGCCCGCCAGCGAGCCCGCCUACUGGGCCACUGCCUACUUCGACGUCCUGCUGGACAAGUUCCAGGCCUUCAACAUCCAGGAUGAGCAGCGGGUCUCGGCCAUGCAGAGCGUCUUCCUGAAGACCAAGGCUCUGGGUGCUGAGGAUCGCUGA